UGAAGCUCUCAGUGUGUCCACAGUUAACGAGGAGAAAUGGCGACGAAAAGAGUUCAUCUGGACCAAACAAGAUUCUGCUGUUCGAUCUGUUUGGAUCUACUGAAGGAUCCGGUGACUAUUCCCUGUGGACACAGCUACUGCAUGAACUGUAUUAAAGGCUACUGGGAUGUAGAGGAGACGAGAAUCUACAGCUGCCCUCAGUGCAGACAGACCUUCACACCGAGGCCUGUCCUGGUGAAAAGUCUCAUGUUUGCAGAGUUGGUGGAGGAGCUGAAGAAGACUGGACUCCAAGCUGCUCCUGCUGAUCACUGCUAUGCUGGACCUGAAGAUGUGGCCUGCGAUUUCUGCACUGAGAUGAAGGUGAAAGCUGUGAAGUCUUGCAUGUUUUGUUUGGUCUCUUACUGUGAGAAACACCUUCAGCCUCAUUACAAAUCCUCUGCAUUUAAAAUGCACAAGCUGGUGGAGCCCUCUAAGAAGCUCCAGGAGAACAUCUGCUCUCGUCACGAUGAGGUGAUGAAGAUGUUCUGCCGUACUGAUCAGCAGAGUAUCUGUUAUCUCUGCCCUGUGGAUGAACAUAAAGGCCACCACACAGUCUCAGCUGCAGCAGAAAGGACUGAGAGGCAGAGAGAGCUCGAGGUGAGUCGACUAAACAUCCAGCAGAGAAUCCAGGACAGAGAGAAAGAUGUGAAGCUGCUUCAACAGGAGGUGGAGGCCAUCAAUCAGUCUGCUCAUAAAACAGUGGAGCACAGUGAGAAGAUCUUCACUGAGCUGAUCCGUGUGAUCCAGAAAAGAAGCUCUGAUGUGAAGCAGCAGAUCAGAUCCCAGCAGGAAACUGAAGUGAGUCGAGUCAAAGAGCUUCAGGAGAAGCUGGAGCAGGAGAUCACUGAGCUGAAGAGGAAAGACGCUGAGCUGAAGCAGCUCUCACACACAGAGGAUCACAUCCAGUUUCUACACAACUACCCCUCACUGUCAGCACUCAGUGAGUCUACACACUCAUCCAGCAUCAAUAUCCGUCCUCUGAGAUACUUUGAGGAUGUGACAGCAGCUGUGUCAGAGCUCAGAGAGAAACUACAGGACAUCCUGAGAGAGGAACGGACAAACAUCUCACUGACAGUCACUGAAGUGGAUGUUUUACUGUCAGAUCCACCAGAGCCAAAGACCAGAGCUGAAUUCUUAAAAUAUUCACAGGAAAUCACACUGGAUCCAAACACAGCAAACACAUGUCUGUUAGUAUCAGAGGGGAACAGAAAAGUAACAUUAAUGAAUCAACAACAGUCUUAUUCUGAUCAUCCAGACAGAUUUGCUGUACGGUUUCAGGUCCUGAGCAGAGAGAGUCUGACUGGACGUUGUUACUGGGAGGUGGAGUGGAGAGGAGGAGGAGUUUUUGUAGCAGUCGCAUACAAGAAUAUCAGCAGAGCAGGGGAUGGGAAUGAAUGUUGUUUUGGACAUAAUGACAAGUCUUGGUAUUUAGAUUGUAACAACAACAGUUUUACAUUUUGGUACAACAACAUCCAAACUCCUGUCUCAGGUCCUCGGUCCUCCAGAGUAGGAGUGUACCUGGAUCACAGAGCAGGUAUUCUGUCCUUCUACAGCGUCUCUGAAACCAUGACUCUGCUCCACAGAGUCCAGACCACAUUCACUCAGCCGCUCUAUGCUGGACUGAGGCUUUAUUAUAAUUUUGGCGACUCUGCUGAGUUGAUUAAGCUGAAAUAGACUGAAGUCUUUCAUAUUGUUGUGGGUUUAAAUCUGUAUCUCAGUUUUUCUUCCUCUUCAUGGGCCUUAACAGAGAAAUCAGCAGACCUUCCUUUAUCACACAGAUUUUGUUCUCAUCACUUUGUACAUUUGUACAGAAAUCUAUAAUUACAUUUACAUUUAUCUGUUUGGCAGAUUUUCUUUCAGAAUCCAGAAACAAGAAUCUAUAAUCAUGAUUUUAAUGAUUUCGAGGAAUUUGAUCAUUUUAUUCUGUUGAAUUUUUAAUGUUUGAACAAACUGAAGGUUAUUCUAAUAAAUCAAAGUUUGAUAUUAUACAUAUUUAAAUCUUUGCUGAUGUUGUUGAAGCUGCUGGAGGCUCAGUGAAGGUUUCCAUGUCUUCCUGCAGGUUAACAACUGAAAUCUGAAAACUGAUGCUCACCACAAGAGGGCGCCUUCAUCCUGCUAACAGGGAUGUAGAGGAGCUUGAAGCUCCUCAGCUCAUUUUUGUCCACAAUCUUAUCAGUUUUUAAACUAAUAAGAACCUUUGAAAAUGGAUCCAAAAGCAUGGACAGUGAUUACAAAAAAAUUAAAGUAAAACUAAUUGUUCAAGUAAGUUGAAUUGUUGCCUUUACAGGAAAUAUUUUUGCUGAUAACUAAAAUUUUAGUAACCUGGAGCUUAGCUGGAAGUUGUUCAUUGACUUUUAAAACCCUUUUACUCAGGUCGUGCUGCUGAAUCAAUGAUUUAUUUAAUUUUGAGGAGACUCAUUUAAAUGUAACUAUUAACUAUUUCUAAAAUUUUGGAAACACUUGUUUUAACUACUGUAAAUUUCCUGUUAGCAUAAAUAUGCCCCAGUCUGUAUUACAGCUCCUGCUUACCUGUGCUGGCUGCAGGGCUUUAAUUACACGUGGUGAAGCUGCAGGUUCACUGGAGAAGCUCAUUUCAAACACCAUCAAAAUGUAAAGUAAUUAUGGAUAAAAUGGGCAGAUAUGAAAGCAACUUAGAGGAUGCUGCUGUAGUGCACUUGGCUGAGCAGGUGCCCACAUGCUGAAAGGCUGCAGGGGUGUGGGUUCAAUUCUGCCCCGGACCUUUUCCUGCAUGUCAUUCCCUCUUGUUCCUGUGACUCUCUACUGUUCUUGUUCAAUAAAGUUUAAAAUG